AUGCCUCGUAGACGUGUUCCCAAGGGCCGUGACGGUGGAUCGAAGCCGAAGGCUUUUAAAAAGUCUGACAGCAAAGUGAAAAAAUGGAAUACACGAGAUGAUAUCCCAAUGGAUGAGGAGGAUCAAUACGCGUCAUUACACAAAGUUCAUUCAAAUAAGGACAAAAUCCUACUUGAAGGAGAUGGCGAUGACCAUUUCGACAGUGAUGAAGACGACGACGAAGUCUUUGCUCUGAAGGGUAUAGAAAGUGACUCAGAUGAUGAUGUUGACAACCUCGAAGAUGAAGCAGAAUUUGCAGCACAUGAGGAGCCUGUUGUGGAGAAAAAGAAGGCAAGCAAGACGAAGAAAAAGAAAAAGAAAGCUUUGGAAGAUAGCGACAAAUCUGAGGAAGAGGAGGAGGAGAGCUGGGGAAAGGGUCGUGGAGCUUAUUACGCGUCCAAUGCAUAUGAGCUCGAAUCAGACGACGAGGAAGGGAACGAAUUGGAAGAACAAGAAGCCAAACGUCUUCAAAAAAAGACUCGUGAAGAAUUAAAAGACGACGACUUUGGACUGGACGACAAACCUGAAGUAGAAAAACGGAAUGAAACAGAGGAUAUACUUGAACCUGCACCUUCCAUCCUCCCUUCAAUUGGCACGGACAAAAAAUCUCUUCUGCGCCAUCUGGAGAAGACAAGUCCCGAGGCAUUAGCCCUUGCACGCGACUGGGACGAAACAGCAAGGAACCUUCAGAAGACACGCGACAAAAUUACAAAACUGGAAGCUGAAGAUCCUGACACACUCAGCCUAGGAAUGAUUCAUUUGCACUAUCAGGCACUGCUAUCGUAUAGCACAACUCUGGCUUUCUAUCUUCACUUACGAUCUUCCGCGAAGUACUCACAACGUCCUGCACUAUUACAAUCACAUCCAAUCCUACAACGCUUACUUACCUUAAAGCAGUCUCUCCAAACUCUAGAGGACUUGGACUUCGCUGCCUCAGAUUCUGAGGAAGACGAGGACGAGGAUGAGGAUUAUUCCGGAAUGGACAUGGAUCAAAUUCUGGCCGAUGGCGAAAAGAUUUGGCGCAUGGACGAUGGUGAAGAAGACCUCGAUCCAGACGAACUUGCCGACCUUAUCAAGGAUGCUGAAGCUGUUCAGAUAUCCGAACAGAAGGUUAACAAGCCACCGAAGAAAAAAAGAAAGACCGUCGAAAAAGAUAAAGAUACAGAACCUAAAAUUGUUACUCCGAUCUUUGACUUGGUCGAGCCACAGUUCACGACCUCCAAAACUUCCUCGACUCGCCGACAGUCUGCCGCUGACGCUGUUGACGCAUAUGGCGAAGACCUUUCUCUACACUCUGUGGAUGCUGCCGAUAAAACCGCUAGGAAAAAAUCCCUUCGUUUCCAUACGAACAAGAUUGAAAGUGCUAGUGCUAGACGGCAAGGAGCCAGAAAUGCAGCAUCUGGAGGAGACGAUGAUAUCCCAUAUCGGGAAAGGAAGAAAGAGAAAGAUGCACGUCUUGUUCGCGAGGCGGCUAUCAGAGCUAAUAAUCAGGUCGGCGCUGCGUUAGAUGAUGAAGACUCAGAACCUCAAGUUGGCGAAAAACGAUCUAGAGAUGAUGAUGAUGGUAAUGAUAGUCCUGACGACUACUAUGAGUUAGUUAAAAAGCGCACCAAGGAGGAAAAAUCAAAGAAAAAGGCCGUGUACGAAGAGGCCCAUGGUUUGGCCAGAGUACCACUCGACGAUACAGAAGGAGCAGGAGGUCCUCGCUCCCUUACUCGGGCAAUCCUUACCAACAGAGGUCUCACCCCUCAUCGUCCAAAGAGUGUUCGCAAUCCUCGCGUCAAGAAAAGGGAGAAAUACGAAAAGGCCAAGAAAAAGCUCGCAUCUCAAAAAGCUGUGUACAAAGGGGGCCUGGCAGAAUCAGGUGGGAAAUACGAUGGAGAGAAAUCUGGUAUCAGCAAGGUCGUCAAAAGUGUUCGGUUGGGUUAA